GUAUUUAUUUUAAAUAGUUCUCUUUGUGUGAUAUCGGUAGUCAUUUAACGAGCAUGUGUCGACUAACGCGUCGCGAAAAAUGGAUCACGCCGUUUAUGAAGCAGUGUUUUGCGGUUUCGAGUGUGGUUUUGAAUAUGAUAUCGCAUGGCAUGACCUCCGGGUACAACGCCUCGCUGUUCUCUGAACUACGGAAGACGCGAGAGAUACCUCUCGACGUAGAUUCCGAAUCCUGGUUAGCAUCUCUGAUCGGAGUAACACUCUUAGUUGGUUCUGUCGUCAACUCGUUCGUAAUGGAAAUCAUUGGCAGAAAACCAGCAAUCCUAUUGAGUUCAGUGCUCACCAUCUGCGGAUGGAUAUCGUUCAGCUUGGCGUCGUCUUUUCCCGCUUUGUUGAUCGGAAAAAUAUUUCAGGGGAUAUCCGUUGGGAUUGGUGGGAGUGUGGGAAGUAUCUUAAUCGGAGAAUACACUAGUCCUAGAUAUAGAGGACCUUUUAUAGCGGCAGUACCUACCGCGAUCUUGGUUGGGAUAUUGAUUUCACAUACAUUCGGAAUGUCUUAUGGCUGGCAUGAUUUAUCAUCGGUGCUACUAUUUUUUUCUUUGCCCGGAUUAAUUGUGGCAGUAUUCUCGCCGGAAUCGCCCAGUUUUCUGGUAACAAAAGGACGUUACGAUGAAUGCAGAAAGGUUUUUCGCUGGUUGAGGGGUACAGAUGAGGAUAACGAACUCGAAACAAUGAUUGAAACUGAUAAAAUCCUUAAGAAAACUAAAAGGGCUUAUACAGGUAUUACAUUGCAGCUAAUUCGAAUUAAACUGACGUAUGUUGUGGCAGCUUUCAAAAAGAGAGAAUUCCGUAUUCCCGUAAUCAUUAUGACGCACCUAAAUGCUAUAUUAGAAUUUUGUGGUUCUAUAAUGAGCGAUAUUUACGCUCUAGAUGUCCACACAGCUUUCUAUGGCACUGACGUUUACAUGUUUACAGUAAUCACAUCACUAGAUGUGCUCAGACUUGUAGCGACUGUCUCAGGAAUUUACAUCACCAGCAGAGUCAAAAGACGUUCAAUGAUGUUAAUAUUUGUGUCAUUGAAUGUAAUUGUGAAUCUGAGCAUAGCUGGGUACAUCUACGUUAGACAACGCGGUCUUCUUCCCUUUGACCACGUGGCAAUAGGCCUGUUUUUGCAUCAUUUCCUUUACUUCGUAAUUGGAGCUGGGCCUAUGCCAUUGUCAGUGAUAAUUUCCGGUGAAAUAUUCCCUUUAGCAGACAGGGGCUUGUGUUCGAUAAUUAGUAGAAUAACAUGCUCCAUAUACAUGUUUGGAGACAUCAAAUCUGCCCCGUACCUGUUCACGAUAGUGGGCGUCGAAGGAGUGUUUGGUUUGUAUGGUUUGAUUCUUGCAUAUAGUUUGGUCGUGACUUUAAUUUAUUUACCGGAAACUAAAGACAGAACUCUUCAAGAAGUCGAAGAUGGGUUUAGGGGAUACGCUAUCGGCGAACGCGAGGAAGCGCUCGAGUUAAAGUGUAAAGAGCUAAAAGAUGACGUAUGAUAGAGAUUCGCGGUAAAUUAGAAUGGGUUUCUGACUAUUUUAAUUAAAUUACUGUAUCAGAACUAGACACAUUUCAAUAAAAU